AUGAUGUGGCUCGCGGCCUUCGCAGUUGGCCUCUGGGCCUCGCCAGCCGCCGCGGCCGCCCAGGCGACUCACUCGACCGCUCUAUACCAGCAAUUUUUCCCAGCCUGGGACGAGAUGCUUAAAGGGUAUCUGGAGCACGACUGCCAGCAACAAAUUACGGAUUACCGAAACGCCAGCUUCAACAACACGCACAUCAGCUAUGCCGUGUUUGGCUGCCUACUGGAGCAGUUUCCCGAAUAUCGCAAGGCAGAGUUGAGCGCUGCAGCCGUGGUUCUCGGCCUCGCUCCGACAAUCCUGCAAAUGGUCAGUCCUACGCCUGUCGAUACCGCCAUGGUCAGCCUCCGCCGUCCCAUCCUCGCCUUACUGCUCAGCCUGGCCUCGCCGGCGACAGUCUUCUCCGAGGCGGUGAAAUACGCAGACGUAAUCGAUGCCUUGUCGAAGCCCCUCUCCAGGCAAUCUCGCCGCAGCUUCCCCUACACAGCGGGUAGGCUGCUGGGCGGUGGCGGCACGCGGAACUACAUGAGCAGUCUCGUAUCAGGGAUUCAGUACACCCUGGCGCUAGCAGCAGUGGCCAACAGUGCGUAUCGCACAUACCAGCUGUGCGUAUGGACCGUAUGCUCGUUCUCGCCCAUCACAGUGUUUCUGCCUGCGUUGUGGCACGGAACGGUAGUGCUUCUUCAUUUGGGAGGUUGGAUUGCGCUCCGCCUAAACUUGCAAAGGACAGAUGGGGUCAAAAAGGCAGGGCAAGGGACAGAGGAACACCACUGGCAAGGAAUGACGGACGGAUGGGGAAGCCGAGUAAAAUCGUUGUUUAAGAACGAGACUACUCCCUCAGCAUUUGCAAAGAAGCUGCCAGCAGAGAGCCGAGUAGCUGGUCCCGCGCCAUUCUUUUCUGCCGUGAUAGCAGCAUUAUACGCCGGUGUGCCUGUCCACGUUCUGUACGGCACUCUGGUGCUCUCAAGUCUCACUUUCAUCAGCGCUUUCGAUUCCAUCUCCGUAGUGGCCUUCUACGCUAUCAGCACAAUAGUCAGCAAAGCCAUUGUCUAUUUUGAGUGCGCGGGUAUUCAGGCUGUGGCCUGCCAGACUUUAGACGCUGCCAACGAGGGGGACGAGAUGAAUGGGUAUUCUGCGCUGUAA